UGCGGUGGAGGUCUUGUCAUGUAAAAGCUAAACGCAGGUAGUGUGGUGAAGCCGUAUCACUGAAAAUGAAACAUAGUAAUAAUACGAAGUAUGAGAAACUGUCGCAGGCACGUGCCGACAAGUGCUAUGAAGACUCGGUAGGAAGCCCAGAAAGUGGAAGUAUAAAUUUAAGUGAAGUGGAUGAGCACUACAUGUGGCUCAUAACAAAUGAGGCGAGCACUCUCGGCACUGAGGAGGUGGCAGCACGGCUGCGCACCGACCUUCGGACUGGCCUCCGAUGGCGGGAGGCAGAGCUUCGGAGGCAGCUGACUGGCUAUAAUGAACUGACUGUCAAAGAAGAGGAGCCUACAUGGAAGAAAUACAUUGAACAGUUCAAGAAUCCUCUCAUUUUGCUGCUAUUGGCUUCAGCGGGAGUUAGUGUGUGUAUGAAGCAGUUCGAUGAUGCUGUCAGCAUAACAGUGGCCAUUCUCAUCGUUGUCACGGUUGCAUUUGUGCAAGAGUAUCGCUCUGAGAAAUCUCUAGAAGAACUAACAAAACUUGUUCCUCCAUCAUGCCAUUGUCUCCGCGAAGGCCAACUGGAGACAUUUUUGGCAAGAAAUCUUGUACCUGGUGAUAUUGUUCAUCUGAAUGUUGGAGACAGAGUGCCAGCAGAUAUAAGACUCUUUGAGGCAAUCGAUCUGGCUAUAGAUGAGAGCAGUUUUACUGGAGAAACAGAACCUUCAAACAAGAUUACUGCUCCCAUUCUAAAAAGCAAUGGUCAUUCAUCCAUGAAAAACAUAGCAUUCAUGGGGACACUCGUAAGAUGUGGAAAUGGAAAGGGGAUUGUAGUAAAUACAGGCGAAAAAUCUGAAUUUGGAGAAGUAUUUAAAAUGAUGCAAGCUGAAGAAGCACCUAAAACACCUUUGCAGAAAAGCAUGGAUAUCUUAGGAGCACAAUUGUCAUUCUAUUCAUUCUGCAUCAUUGGAUUCAUAAUGAUUCUUGGCUGGUUUCAAGGCCGGCCUAUUCUUGAUAUGUUCACCAUUGGUGUCAGCCUAGCUGUUGCUGCUAUACCAGAAGGCCUCCCCAUUGUCGUGACUGUGACACUGGCCUUGGGAGUAAUGCGCAUGGCGAAAAGAAAUGCAAUAGUCAAGAAGUUGCCUACAGUUGAAACCUUAGGGUGUGUAAAUGUUAUAUGUUCAGAUAAGACUGGCACAAUCACCAAGAAUGAAAUGACUGUUACUGUCAUUGUAACUUCAGAUGGAUAUUUGGCUGAGGUCUCAGGUGCUGGCUACAAUGAUCAGGGAGAGAUCCAUAUUCACAAAUGUGACAGUGUAGAUCGUGCCAGAGAAUCCAUAUAUACAUUGCUGGAGGUUGGCUGCGUAUGUAACAAUGCUGUGAUACAUUCUGAAACACUUCUGGGUCAGCCAACAGAAGGUGCCCUGCUUGCAGUGGGCAUGAAGCAUGGGAUGUAUGGAGUGGCAGACAAAUAUGUUAGACUCCAAGAGUACCCAUUCAGUUCUGAACAGAAGAUGAUGGCUGUGAAAUGUGUGCCUAAGUAUGGUGAUAAUAAAGAGGAGACGUACUUUGUGAAAGGAGCUCUUGAGAAAGUGCUUCAGCAGUGUACAAAAUACUUAAUAAAUGGUACAGUACAACCCCUCAAUGCCAAGAAAGAGCAGGAAUAUCUUGCUGAAGCAUAUGAAAUUGGCAGAAAGGGUCUCAGAGUGAUGGGAAUGGCAAGAGGCAGUUCACUUCAAGAUUUGGUGUACACUGGCCUAGUGGGCAUCUGUGAUCCACCCAGACCAUUUGUACGAGAAUCAAUACAAACACUAGUGCAGUCUGGUGUGAAAGUAACACUAGUAACAGGAGAUGCACAGGAAACUGCAACUGCUAUAGCUUCAAUGAUUGGCCUAGAUACUAUCCACAGCCAGGUACUGUCCGGAGAUCAGAUAGACUCAAUGACUGAUCAUCAGCUGGAACAGAUAGUGAACAGUGUUAGCGUGUUUUACAGAGUCACUCCACGCCACAAACUAUGUAUAGUUAAGGCAUUUCAGAGGAAUGGCAUGAUUGUUGGAAUGACAGGAGAUGGAGUAAAUGAUGGCGUAGCUCUGAAGAAAGCUGACAUUGGGAUUGCAAUGGGAAAGAAUGGGACUGAUGUGUGCAAAGAAGCAGCAGACAUGAUUCUUGUUGAUGAUGAUUUUCACACCAUUAUAUCUUCAAUUGAAGAAGGGAAGGGUAUAUUCUACAACAUCAGAAAUUUUGUCAGAUUUCAACUGAGUACUAGUAUAGCAGCUCUUUCACUUAUAGCACUUUCAACUUUGAUGGGAAUACCAAAUCCCUUAAAUGCAAUGCAGAUUCUGUGGAUUAAUAUUAUUAUGGAUGGUCCACCAGCUCAGAGUCUUGGCGUUGAACCAGUAGACAAGGAUGUCACCAAACAAAAACCUAGAAAUGUUAAGGAGCCAAUGAUCACCAAAUCACUUAUACUGAAUGUGCUGUUGUCAGCUCUUAUAAUUAUAGCUGGAACCUUAUGGGUUUUCAAGAGAGAGAUGAGCGAUAAUGUUAUAACACCGAGGGACACAACAAUGACAUUCACAUGUUUUGUAUUCUUCGACAUGUUCAAUGCCCUUAGCUGCCGGUCACAGACUAAAUCAGUGUUCACAGUUGGUCUCCUGAGUAAUAAAAUGUUUCUGCUUGCGGUGUCACUUUCUGUGUUAGGUCAGAUGCUUGUUGUCUAUUUCCCACCCCUUCAGAAGGUGUUCCAAACUGAAGCUCUUACACUUACAGAUAUUUUGUUCCUCGUCAGUCUGACGUCAACAGUGUUUGUUGUUUCUGAGCUGAAGAAGUUUAUGGAGAGGCAUCUGGAGAAGCGUCAGAAGGCUUUCAAAUCUGAACUUGACUUCGUAUGACAGUUAAGGAAAACCAGAAGCAAGGCCCGAGUCGACUAAAAUAUACAGUCACAGAACUGGUACUGUCAGUAUGCAGCCCAGUAUCUGUCUUGAGGUGGUCUCUUCUGGUACAAAAAUCAAAAUGAGAAAGACUUUAUUGGUGAACCAUUCAGAAAAUCCGUAAUAGUGACUAGAAUUUUGUGGCAUUUGUUGGUGACUAAGGGAAACUUCAAUUAUUUGUAUAUUUAUUUUUCAUUCAUCAUUUUGCAUUAUUUAUAUUUUUAUAAGCACUAGUUAACAUUCAUGCUGUCAUAGAAGUUAUUGAAGUUUCCUGUGGUAAUGCUUUUGAUAAGUACCAUUGAUGCAUAUUCUACAUAGUUGAAGGAUGUAUAAAUUAUUUACAUUUUUUGAGAGUAAUGUGCUUUUGCAUUGAAUUUUUCUUAUUAAUUUGUACUUUAUUUAUUAGAUACAAGCAACUGAAAAAAUAACACUGCAGGUGGAGCUGUGAUGGAGGAAAGCAAGAAUUGACAGUUACUUACUUGAAACAAAAGCAAAGUGAACUGUUACAUCAUUGAACAAUGGUGUGUCUCUCUUGCCCAUUUUUAUUGUGAUAUACAGGGGACACUAUACAGUGGUUGUGUGUGUUUCCUUCCUUUGAGUAUUUUUUCUAACUUUGUAAAUCUUUAAUGAACAUUAUAAUCUUAUAGAUGGUAGAUGAUCCUGAAAAGUGAUUGGUGCUUUCUGUAAAUAUUUGCAGAUGAUAAACUAAGAGAGAAUGUAACUGUGAAUGAAGUUUUAAGAAGCUAGCUGUGCAAGGCAUCUGUCACCAGCUUAAAAAUUGCUUAAUGCCACUAUAAUGAUUUUUGUAAAAGGAUGUUUCUAUAAAGGGCCAAGCCCUAAAUAGAUGCAGCCUUAUAUAGCGUGACCAGGUCCUUAGUGAGGAGAGCUGGGAGAACAGUGUUAUACCUGUAUGUCAGUUUUCUUCUUUACCAUGCUUAAAAAUUUCAACAUUAGUAUUUUAAUAUCAUUCCCUAUAACAUUGUCUUCUUAAUUUCUGUUUUCAGCUGUGAUAAAAUGAUUUAAUCUUAAGAAGAUACAUCUUUGCAACUCUAGGUAUUUGUGUCUACUGAUUUUGUAUCAUAUCAACCUACAGUUGAAUUCAUUGUAAUGUGUAUUAAUAAUUGCACUUUCCAUAUUAUUGGCCUGUGGAGUUCUGGUUUUGCAUUAUAAAUGAAGAUAAUCAUAACAUUUUAUUCAUUCUCAUUUUCAAAAAUAUAUUUGCACAAGAAUGAAUGCUGGCUAGCAAAUUCCAAAAUUGUAGCCGAUGAUUUCUGUCCAGCAUAAUGUGCAGAAGAAAAUGGUUAGUGAGCUCCUGUUAUAAUAUGUCUUUCUUGCAGAAUAAUAGCCAAGUGUUUUAAUCGUGAUGAAGUUCACUGGUAGUUACCUUACAUAGAUCAGAGUUGCAGAACUGUAGUUUCUAGUGCAUUUCUUAUCAAACACACGAUGUGAAAUUUCAUGUAGUGGAAGAAUUCAAAAGAUUCCUGUGUUGCAGUUUGUACUGUAAGACGUUCUAUAAAACUAUCCUGUGGUUAUAGAAGUACGUCACCUUAAUGUGUGGCCAAGGCACUACUAAUAGAAAAGUAACUGAUUCCCACUAGUUAAAUAAUAGUAAACUGCAUAUAUGCUUUAGAACUUUUAUAGAUUACACAAAUGUGAUAACUGAAUAUAUUAUGUUGAAAACUAUUGACACUAUUUAGAAUCAUUUAAUGUUGUCAGUAUAUGUGUGGGGUGACAACUGUGUGUGAUAUAGUAAGAUAGUUUUUGUUGACAUUCAUUGUUCCAUGUGUUGUGUGUAGGCAUAAGUACAGAGCGCCUUCUCAGUAUUUCUAUUCUUCUAAUUGAUCUUUGCACUGUUACGUGAUGUUACAUCUUUAAUAAACUGUUGUUCUAAGAAGUAGGUUAUACCAUAAUGAUUCUUUUGUAAAUACAAUAUAUUUGACACUGGGGAUUGUUUUCUUGAUUUUCUUAAAAUGCAUUUAUGAACUGUGGAACAAAUCCAGAAAUUUAGUUAUAAUAUUGUAAUUUCUUGUCACAAAGUGAAGGCUAUGACAGUGUUAAUAUUUUAGUUGGUCAUGAGUACUUAAUUAGGUUUUUUGAUAAAACAAGACUUACUUGUACACGAGACAGAUUAUUGAUUCUUAAAUUCAAUAUUUUAGAUUAUUUCAUAUUUACAGAAGAUUGGAAGUAAAUACAUUUCUUUUAUGUAGAAUUUGUUGUCCCGGAUGAUAAGAAAAACAGUAAAUAGAUCGAAAAACUCAAGAAUCUGUUGCCAAGUAUUAGUUGACAUGUUCCAUUUUACUUUGUGUGAGAUGUCUGUGAAGAAAUUUUGUGUCUUUUUCAGUACUGUUCAGACAAAGAAUUGUGUACCUUUUAAUAACUGACCAGAUUAUUGAAUAGCCAGUUGUAAUCGUACAAGUGUACUUACUAGAAAUAAAUGUAUAGCAUAUUUUUCAAAAGUACUAUAAUUUACAGAGUGCAUGAUGUGGUUCUGAUCAUAAUGUGUUGUAUAGAAGUAUUAUUCAAAUUACAGCAUUUGUAAAUGCCAAAGUUCUCUUUUCUUGAAAUACUGAAGUAUGUUAUUUAAGAAAAUUUAGUGCUUUUCCAUUUGGACUUGAAUUAAAAAGCAGUCUAUUGCACCAGAUACUUUAAAUUCUUUUAGAUUUUGAGGAAAGUUUCCAUAGCUAAUUUAAGAGUAAUAGCACUUGUUUGAUAAAUUAUCAGUUUUCCGUAGCCUUUUUCCUAUAUAAAUUGUAGAAGCUUAGUCUGUAUCUGUUUCUUUUUAUAUGUGAUGUUUUCGUGAACAGUGUUUGCUUGAUAAAUAUGCAGCAAAUUUUCUGUAAUUUUCUUUUUCAAGCCUGCUAUUGACCUGAAACAUUGUACUGUUCAUUUGAGCUGUUGAAGUUCCUCUGUCUGUUGUUGUGGUCUUCAGUCCGAAGACUGAUGUUGCUCUCUGUACUAAUCUGUCCUGUGCAAGCUUCUUCACCUCUGAAUAACUGCUGCAACACACAUCCGUUUGAAUGCCCUUACUGCAUUGGUCUCCCUCUACAAAUUUUUACCAUUCCAGACUUCCUUUCAUUACCAACUUGACAGUUCUUUCAUGCCCCAGGAUGUGCCCUAUCAAAUUAUCCCUUCUUUUAGUCGAGUUGUACCAUAAAUUUUUUUCCCCAAUCCACUUCAGUACCUUCUCAUUUGGUAUUUGACCUACCCACCUGAUCUUCAGCAUUUUUCUGCAUCACCACAUUUUGAAAACUUCUAUCUUCUUCUUGUCUUAAUUGCCUAUCGUCCACAUUUCACUUCCAUAUAAGGCUACAGUCUUGGCUAAUACCUUCAGAAAAGACUUUGUAACACUUGAAUUUAUAUUAGAUGUUUACAGAUUCCUCUUUUUCGGAAAUACUUUCCUUGGUCAGACAGUAUAAAACAUAAAAGCCACAAAAGCUGAGUUUUUCCCAUUUUUCCUCCUUUUUCAAUUGUCAGGUGUGUCAACUUAUCAUUAAUUCUGAUGUUAUAUUUACAUCUUCAUUUAUGUGCAACAUGCUGUAGAGGAAGUAAAUCAAUGCAGCAAUCUGUAAGAGGUACAUACAAUGGUCUGGUCACAAAAGACUCUGACGUUACUGGUGUACUUCAUGAAAAAGAUGCAACUAAAUUCCAAACUUUUCAAACCCAGUGUUAUUACUGUAUCUCUGUAGCUUCUGAAAAAUAAGCCUGCAGUUCUUAUUUUGAAGCUUGAGAUUCAGUAUUUUUGCAAAGUGGGCUUUCAUUUUUACUUGAAUUCAUUUUCCUUGAAUUUUUGUUCUAUGAAUUACAUUUCUACUUUUGUAGCUGCUAAUGCUUAUGAAUUUGUUCUAUGUAUUUAUUAUUAUAAAAUCCUAUGAAUUGCUCUAAAAUAUUUUAGGGACUCCUGAUAUUUCUAAAGUUAAUUUUAGCUUCACAGAACUGGCACUUCAGUUUCUUUUGUCAGGAAACCAUAUGUAACCUAUAAUUUCAGUAACCAUUUGCUUGAAUUAACACUGCUUGCUUUUUUGGCAGCAAUGGAAAAUGGAAAUGAGCAUUUGGCGUAAUUGGCUGGGAGGCCCCUUACGGGGCAGGUCCGGCCGCCUUGGUGCAGGUCUUAUUGAUGAUCAUUCGACUGUUUAUAAUGGAUUCUGUUGUGGAAAAAUUACAUUUCUUCAUUGGAGUAUGCUUAGCAGUUUUAAUUGUAAACACAAACUGCUUGAGCUGGAAAUGUUAUCAGAGUGUGCCUACAAAAUUGUAGAAAGUUUGGGUACAAAGUAAUAUACAGACUUCCUUUUAGUAAAAAUUACAUUUAUAUGACAACUUCAUUAUUUCAAGUGAAAGAAAGAGGCAAAUGAGUUUGUCUGUUAUGUUUAUUUUUUAAAUAAAAUUUGUGUUACCUGCCAACAAAGAGAGAAAUGGCAUUGUAAACUCUGACCCAUUAUCUAUUUUCAGCAAAGAAGAGUGUUGUUGAAGAUAUUUUACUUUAUUGUACACUUAGGAUAUCUUCUAACUGAUGAUCAUGAAGUCAAUUUUUUUGUUUCUUUUGUUGUUAAAUAGGCAUUUAUGUGACUAUAACUUGGUUUUAGUUUUACACAAGAAGACAAAUUUGAUGGUAAUAUUCUGAUCUGCAAUUGGUCACUGCAUUUCAGGAGUAAAGCCUUUCCUACCCCCCACCCUCCUCCCCUCCCCUCCUCCCGUCCCCUCCCCGAAGAAACAGAACUUGAGAAUACUGUGACAGCCUUCUGUAUAUUUCUGUAUAGAAAUAAGUAGUUCUAAUUUGGUUCACAUCUAAUUUGUUGACAGUACACAGUUAUCAACACUUUUUAAUUAAUAUUUCUUUUUAAAAUUUUCUUUAGUUUAUUGUUCCUGUUAAAAAAAAAGUGUCAAGGUUUCUUAUAAAAGUACCUUUACAAAAUCUGUAUAAUAGUAGAAAGUCCUUGGUGGGAUGCAAACA